ACCAAAAAGCCUCUCUCUCUCUCUCUCUCUCUCUCUCUCUCUCUCUCUCAUCGUCUUCUAGACUUCUUCAAUUCCACAGUUUCUUCUUCUUCUUCUUCUGUCACUGUCGCAUCGUGUCAGAACCCUAAUUCCGACGCUAAAAUUCCUUCCAUCACCAUUUUACUCUUCAUCAAUUUCUCACAUUUUGCUCCUUCACUUUCGUGUAUCAACCAAUUUCAGAAUUCGUCAAAAGAGUACCAUUCACUUCUUUUGAGGCGUAAAUAGUUUUGAUCGGAGAAAAACGCGAUUUUCAAUUUUCCUGUUAAAAUUUUCGAUUUUCCGGAGGAUGAGAUUUGAACGAUGAACAAUGCCGGUAAUGCGUAGUGGAGCGCGCCGGGGACGGCCAACGAAGCGGCAAUCUCAGAAGAAGCAGGAAGAGGAGAAGAAAACUCCAGUUGAAGUGGAGGCGGUUGCGACGAGAACGAGACGGCGGCGUGCAGCUGCAGCGGCGGCGGUUAAAGAGGAGCCGGCUGUUAAGGUAAAUGAUGACGUAGUUGCUGUUGUUGCCGUGGCGGAGAAGAAGGAGGAGGAGGAGGAAGCGGGUGGAGUGGAGAAGGAAAUGAUAGAGGAGAAACAGAUGGAGGAAUUUAAUCGUGGUGGUCAUAGCAUUGAUAAGGCUAAUGCUGGUGAAGAAGAUAGCAAUGGCUUUGUUAUUCCUGAAAAGGUUCAAGUUAGUACUUCUCCUUUGUAUAAAACAGAGAAAAAACUUGGCAAGGGUGGAUUUGGUCAAGUAUAUGUUGGUCGGCGUGUUUCUGAUGGAAAUUUGAAUGAGAGAACUGGACCUGAAGCUUUAGAGGUGGCCAUAAAAUUUGAGCACACAAGUAGUAAAGGAUGUAACGAAGGACCGCCAAAAGAGUGGGAAGCGUACGACACCCUCGGUGGAAGUCAUGGUGUGCCACAGGUACAUUACAAAGGCAAGCAAGAUGGCUACUAUAUCAUGAUUAUGGAUAUUCUAGGACCUAGCUUGUAUGAUGAAUGGAAUAAUAAAUCUCACUCUAUGUCCACUGAAAUGGUUGCUUGUAUUGCCAUUGAAGCAAUAUCCAUAUUGGAGAAGAUGCACUCUCGAGGGUAUGUGCAUGGAGAUGUGAAGCCGGAAAAUUUUCUGCUUGGCGCCUCUGGGACACCCGAUGAGAAAAAAUUGUUCCUGGUAGAUCUUGGAUUGGCUACUAAAUGGCGGGAUAGGACAACUGGUUUGCAAGUGGACUAUGACCAAAGGCCUGAUCUUUUCAGGGGCACAGUCCGCUAUGCAAGUGUGCAUGCGCAUUUGGGGAGAAAUGUAAGCAGGAGGGAUGAUUUGGAAUCUCUUGCAUAUACAUUGAUUUUUCUUCUUCGAAGUCGUCUUCCUUGGCAAGGAUACCAGGGAGAAAACAAAGGAUAUCAGGUUUGCAGGAAGAAGAUGGGAACGUCUCCAGAGAACCUAUGCUGUUUUUGUCCCCAGCCUUUUAAAGAGUUUGUUGAACAUGUAGUGACCUUAAAGUAUGAUGAAGAGCCCAACUAUGCAAAAUACAUUUCUCUAUUUGAUGGGAUUAUUGGUCCAAACCCAGACAUUAGGCCACUGAAUACAGAAGGUGCACAAAAGCUUGUUGGUCAUAAAAGAGGCCGAUUGGCUUCAGAAGAUGAUGAUGAACAACCCAAAAAGAAGGUUCGAGUGGGUUUACCAGCGAACCAGUGGAUUAGUGUUUACAAUGCUCGUAGACCGAUGAAACAAAGAUAUCACUACAAUGUGUCAAGUACAAGACUAUCACAGCACAUUGACAAAGGAAAUGAGGAUGGCUUAUAUAUUAGCAGUGUUGCUUCAUCUCAGGGCCUUUGGGCCUUAAUAAUGGAUGCAGGGACAGGUUUCACUUCGCAAGUUUACGAAUUCUCCCCCCAAUUUUUCCAUAAGGAAUGGAUCAUGGAGCAGUGGGAAAAAAAUUACUAUAUCACUGCAGUUGCAGGAAUUGCAAAUGGGAGUUCAUUAGUAGUAAUGUCUAAAGACACCCAGUAUUCGCAGCAAUCAUACAAAGUUAGUGAUUCAUUUCCUUUCAAAUGGAUUAAAAAAAAGUGGGAGGAGAAAUUUUUUGUAACUUCAAUGGCCACAGCAGGGCCCAAAUGGGGAGUAGUUAUGUCUAAAGGGGCAGGGUUUUCAAAACAGGCGGUCGAAUUAGAUUUUCUGUACCCUAGUGAAGGGAUUCACAAGCGGUGGGAGUCUGGUUACCGAAUCACAUCGACUGCGGCAACUUGGGACCAAGCUGCUUUUGUUCUGAGUAUUCCAGAGAAUAAGCUGCAGGACGAAACUCAAGAAACACUAAGGACUACUACUUUUCCUAGUACUCAUGUUAAGGAGAAGUGGGCUAAGAACCUCUACAUUGCCUCUAUUUGCUAUGGACGCACUGUUUCUUGAGACUGCUGAUCCAUGGAGGGGCUGAAGGAGUAUUUGGAUUUCAGUGAAAAACCACUCCAAACGUAAGUUUAGACCGAAAAUAAUUGUGUUUUUUGGGACAAACAUACUUUUGGACUCAAUAGCAUGUCAAGAAGUUUGAUGGGCUGGGACAUAGGAAAUUUUGAUGGCUUCAGUGUUUAUUUUAUGUAUGUAGGAUGGGAAUGAAUAUUUUCAGUAAAACUAAGUGAACAUCUCAAUUUUCCAUUCAUAUAGAAAAUUGAUUUUAUGUCAAUUCUUAGUUAAUGUUUUCCAGACGAGGAACUUUUUUAUACAGGUACAGACAGGUAUACUCAUUAUUUUUUUGAA